UCAACUCAACCAUUGCAAUGUCUACUGCCGAACAACCCUCACUUGCCAAGGCUCUCCCCGAGAAAUUCAACCACUAUCAUGACCAGUUUAACAAGGAACUAGCCAAGGUUCCUUGUUUGGUCCAGUUUGAGAAACAGACUCAUAUUCCAAAGACAUAUCUAGUUGCUGGUGCUGGAUCUGUCCUGUUUGUUCUCAUCUUUGUCAAUAUCUGGGGUAACCUGUUGACAGACAUGCUGGGUUUCUUAUACCCAGCAUAUGCUUCUUUCAAGGCAAUCGAAUCCAAGGAAGUAGAUGAUGAUGUGCAAUGGCUCACAUACUGGUGUGUCUUUGGUUUCUUCAACGUCCUCGAGUUUUUUUCAGAUGUGCUGCUCUACUGGCUUCCACUCUACUACACCAUGAAGGCUAUUGUCAUUCUAUGGCUUGUGCUUCCCCAAUUCAAGGGUGCUGUUAUUUUGUACAAUGGAUUCCUUCGUCCAUUCCUUGUUUCAGAAACAAAAAACAUUGACAAUGCUGGUGAAAGGCUAAAGACCAAGAUUAGCUCUGUCUUCACUGACGCUCAAAAGGAGAUGAAAAGCGACUAAGGGCAUUUAGCUUUCUUUUACUUGCUACUGAUUCAUGAAUCCAAACUGAACUUCAAUUCUUGUUUCUCUGAUCUUGCAUUUGGUCCACUAUCCUAAAGUACUCGCCUUUUUCAAUUUUUUACUAUCGAAAAUAAAUCCCAUGAAAGCAAAUCAAUAAAGUUUCAAAGGACCAAGAUUACUGU